AUGAAGAACUCAAACAUGGCUUCUCUCUUAGUCUUAGCUCUCUUUUGCACUGUUUUACCACUGAUCCUAGCCUCCACAAGCGAGCCUGUGAGAGGUCCUAAGGAAUUUAAAGUCGGCAAUUAUGUGGGUUGGCGUCAGCCCUACGUGAAUGAGACUGAACUGUACAAUCAGUGGGCUGCAAAUCGGAGAUUCCGCGUCGGAGAUUCACUUCGAUUCGAGUAUAAGAAUGAUUCAGUUCUUGUGGUGGAUAAAUGGGGAUACUAUCACUGCAACACAAGCAAUCCCAUUUCUGUCUCUAACGAUGNUGGCCUUCCAAAGUUCCACUGA